AUGUCCACCACAGCAUCCUCCCAAGCCCCCACGGCACCCCCCGCUCGCGCAACCACCGAGCCAACACCCACCAAGACGACCCCCGACUACGAUCAGGGAUUCAAGGCGGGCGUCAAGUCGCAAGAGGCCCGGAUGCAGGCGCAGAAGGAGCGGUUCCGCGAGAAGAUUGAGGAGCUGAAGAGGGAGGUUAAGAAUUUGAGGGGAAGGGUGGAAUCCAUGGAUGGGAGGGGUUCGGCGGUUGGGACCCCGACGGUGGAGCGCCCGCAGCCGAGGAUGGGUGUCGUGAGGAGGGAGAGUAUUGCCGAACAUGAGUUGAGGAUUAAGAAUGUGGAGAGAAGUUUUGGGAUUUGA